AAUAGAGGGAGAGAUAGAUGGAAGAUAUGUUGGGGGAUAUUUGUCAGAGUUCAGAAACUCCUUACAAUUAUCAGUCACAGAUAAUCGACAGAGAGAGCUUUCAGAGUCUCCGAAUUCAAGCUCUCUCAGGUGAAAAUUGGCCGGAAAAUCAAUCUUUCACGACGAGUCGUUGUGAAUUUGAGUGAUUUGUGGUGAUUCAUUCAAGAGUUGCAGAGCCAGUGAAUUUUUUUUUGAGCUUUGAAAUGCAAGAUAUACAUUCGAUUGGAGGCGGCGGCGGCGGAGACAGGCGUAUGAGGCCGCACCACCACCAGAACCACCAGUCCUUGAAGUGUCCCCGGUGCGAUUCUCUCAACACCAAGUUCUGCUACUACAACAACUACAACCUCUCUCAGCCCCGCCACUUCUGCAAGAACUGCCGCCGGUACUGGACCAAAGGCGGCGUCCUCCGCAACGUUCCCGUCGGCGGCGGCUGCCGGAAAACCAAACGCUCUAAGCCUAAAACCUCCUCCGCCACCGCCACCGCCACCGCCGAUGCGCCUCGAGAUCGCAAAUCGAACUCUCAUUCCAGCAGCGAGAGCUCCAGCCUCACCGCCUCAACCACCGCCGCACCGCCGUCCACCGUCGAGGUAGCGUCGGCGAGCUCUUCGACAUCGGCGUCGACAUUACUCAACUUUCCGGACUCGAGGUUCUUCAAUAGUAUUCCACAAGCUACAAACCCUAGCUUCCGUCAUCAUCAUCAUCCGCCGUUGAUCGAUCAGUCAUCAUCGGACGGCGGGAUCUUCCCGGAGAUCGGAGGUAGUUUCACCAGCCUGAUGACGUCAUCCAACGAUUCAUCGUCGAUUCUAGGGUUCAACAUCGCUGACAUUUCGGCUUCGGCGUACCGGUUGCACCAACAGAAUCAGGGACCGGUUGUGCAGAAUCAGAAUUCGAAUCAGAUAUGGCAGGAACAGCAGGAGAAGAUGGGGUGUUCGGUACCUAAUGAAUUGAAGAUGCAGCAGAUCUCGGCCGGGUUUCUGGAUCAGACUGCUGAGGUUGAUUUAUCGGGUAUGCAGAACAGAGAGAACAGCGGUGGGCUAGGAGGACUUGAUUGGCAAGUUGGUGGAGAUCAAGGGUUGUUUGAUUUUACUGGAACCGUUGAUCAAGCUUACUGGAGUCAAACUCAGUGGAAUGACAGCGAUCACCAUCUUUAUCUCCCAUAAUCUCACUAUUUAACUCAAAAUUUCAGAGGAAAAAAAAAGGAAGAAAAAAUGGGUAUUAUGAUUGUUCUUCCAUGUAAAUUAAUUUCUUUCUUUCUUUCUUUCUUUGUUUUUGUAUUUUCUUUUGGGUUGAUUUUGGAAGGAGUUGGGUUUUGUCUUUCACAAUGUUCAUCUGCAACCAACUUUCAUUUCCAUGUUUUUUUGUUUUUAAUUCGUUUUUUUUGGGGAGUUUUGGUUAUUAUUGUAUUUGGAAAUUAAACUUAAUUAAAGCAAAUAUAUAGAAUUUUGAGCCAUUGAUUUCUUUAUCUAA